AUGACUAAGGCCCCUUUCUCUGUGGAGUGGUUGUCCCAGAGCAGCCAGGCCCCCAGGAGUCCCACCCAGGGCACCCCGCGCCGAGCAUCGCCUUCGGCCGCCGGCCGCCGGCUCUCCUCAGGCUCCAAAUCUGGACUGAGCGAACGGAGCAAGGAGAAAGGCUCCGGGAAAGGCGGCAGGAGCAGCAGGGAGCCUUCGACAACACCCCCCACUGCAGGUGCAGCGGGGCAACCCGCAGAGGAGCGGAGCCGCGAGUGCUCGUGCCCCGAGGAGCCAAGGGGCGGCCGGCGGCUGCGCACGGCGUUUAGCGCCGAGCAGAUCAGCACCCUGGAGAGCUCUUUCCAGAGGCACCGCUACCUGGGCGCCGCCGAGCGCCGCAAGCUGGCCGGCAGGAUGCGGCUCUCCGAGGUGCAGAUCAAGACCUGGUUUCAGAACCGCCGGAUGAAGCUCAAGAGGCAACUGCAGGAGUUGAGGCCGGAGCCUUUCUGCACUCCACCGCUCCCUUUCGGACCUCAGGUGUCCCUGCCACUCACCUAUAUGGCUCGGCCGCCGCCUCUACCCGGGCAUGAGGCUGCCCCGGGGGGCUUUGCCUUGGCAGCGUUGCCAGCACCCACUCUGGACAUCAGCAGCGCCUGCAGAGCACAGCCUGUCGGCUUCUGGGCAGCACCCUGCUUUGUAGGGUACAGGGAUCCCAGGGCUUUCUUGCUGAGUGUCUGAUCCGCUGGUACGGACUGUGACUAAGGAGAAUUUGCACUAUUGAUAACUAUAUCCGGGCUGCCACUGCCUGCAUCUGCCUGCUGGAGUUCUGGUGCAGCACUGAGCAAGGUAUUGAUCGACGAUCCAGAUCACGGACUUCAGGCCAAGCUGCCCAUCAAGUUCAAAAAUAGCGGGGUAAAUGGUAGCAUAAAUGGAAUCACUUAACAAACCUUAACGUAUUUUCAGCUUUCAUCUGAAUUUGUCACAAGGACUGCAGAACUGCUUAUCCUGCCCUGAAAGAGCUCCUCCGCAUUAAAUGAAGCACAGUCCUUAUUCUCUAGAUCUGUCCAGGCCGUAGUAGAGAAAGAAUAAUCUUUCUUGUGUUGUACAUUGCAAUUUACUGAGUAUACAUACAAAAACCAUGAAUUUCCCCCAUUUCCUUAAACGGUUGUCCAAUCUCUCAGCUGCUUCCCAUAUGGCACUUCAGGAGGGGGCUGUGCUUUUAACGAGGCAUGUAGAUAUAUUGGGAACUGGUUACCCAUAUUUAUUACCGGGCCUGCAAUGACAGCAGAAUUUGUAUUUGAGUCCUUGAAAUAGCAUAUAGAAUAUGAUUUUUAGGAUAUAAAAAGUGACUUUCUAUAAAAAUAUGAAAAUACCUCAUCACAAUUUCUUGGGCCUCAGUGAAUUAACAAGGGCCUAUUGCAUAAAACAGAUCUUGGAAAGAUCUUGGAUCUUGGGAUCUGGCCUUGCAACUUACUAGUGUCUCAGCAUCUUGCAUGCGCCUAAUGGGGUAUGAGAGUGAUUAUCAAAAGAAAUGCAACAUUUCAAAGCUAUUUUUCUCUAAACAGCAGUAAAAAUUGUUACCAUUGUGCUAUGCACUUUUUGUUUGAAUAAUGCUCAUGAUUUGAUAAUGUAUGAUGAUUUGGUUAAAAUGGCCUGAUUUCAGGCUAGAGAAAGGGCUCUGAGAAAUGGUCCUGGACUGAUAGAAGUUGUCAUAAAUCUUUCAAAGCUGAUUGUGAGCUAACAUGAAAAGAGAAAUAAACAUUUCCAUCACUUCAGAGCUGAUCUCUUGGUUUAUUAGAUGAUUUCUGGUGCACUUGUAAUGUGGGCUCUUAUCAUGAAUGGUCUGAAGGUCUCUGCUAGUCAUUCUUGAACACAGAUAUUUCAUUUUUAUAUAGGGAUGAUUGUGUCAUUUGAAUACAUUCACCUGGUUCAAAGUAACUUGUAUGUGCCUCCAAAGGUCAUAGUCCUUGAUUUUUCUGAGUAGCUCCCACAUUUGGAAGUCUCCUUAGUAUUUUAAUCCAUGCUGCAUUUAUUUAGUCUUUUGAGGUUACCAUUUGCCUACAGAUACACCGUUAAUGUGGCUCUAAUGCAAGGGUUUCAGAAAAGCAAUAAGGAUUUUAGAUGCUAUCAAUCUUCCUGAGGCUUUUUCGGGAAGAUAUUAGAGUUUAAGGAAAUUUGCUAAGAGGAGAUAAAAAAUAAUCCAACUGAAUGUUUAUUUUUCAAAUUCAAAUGUUACUAAAUGACAGUAUUGGUUUGAAGAAACAAAGAAAUUGGGAGGGAGACAAAUCUGAAAUUCUAUUGCUCUCUCAAAUAUCACUGGGAAACCAAGAUGUCUUCAAAAUGUUCUUCAAUGGUAAAUACUUGCUCUAAAGCAGAGACAUUUUAGAGUUAGCAAUACACUCAAGAUCCGUAAGUAUACAAGUUAUCUGGAAAAAAAUAAAGACAGUCAAACCAACUGUUCCAUUUUUAAGGGGACAAACGUGGAAGGGUUAAGUGGUCUUAUAAUCAUGUUCAGCACAGGAGGAACCCAGACAGUUUGCUCAACAUUCAGAAUGCCAUCAAAACAGCUCCUGGUGCUGUCUUAGAGCCAGGCCGGAGGCACACAACCCUCAGGGAGGCAGGCUGGGGCUGCUGCAACGCUGGGGAACUGCCUGGCCCCAACCAAAUGCGGCCUCGGGGGAGCGAGGGAGAUGAAAGGGCUCAAGGGAGAAAGAACAGUACGCUCCCACCCGCAGAGGGGGGAGCCACUUCCUAAGGUCAGGGUUGCCUGGGGGUAGAGGGUGAUGGUGGGAUGGAAUGGGAUAUGAUUUAAUAUGAGGCUAUGCUAACCUGGCCUAACUGCACCCUUCCACACCCAAGCACGGCUCUUCGAGGUAAGUUUCCCCUCUGUGCAAAGGUUUAGAAAAGGCCAGAGGCCAGCAUAAUGCAUGGUGCUGCAAUUUAAUCCUACUGGGGCUGUAGAGACAAGCAGGGCUGUGGAGCAGCCUCGGCAUAGAGGCUGCUUGAGGAGUUAAUGGACGUGAGUCCUGAGGCCCUCACACAGGCGGGUCCUAGCAGGCUUCCUGGGCUUGGUCUGGCUAGCAGGGGUAACCUAGGUGUAUGAGCUGAAGAACUAACAGCGAGGGAAAAGCCGAGCUCUGGUCGGAAAGGUGCUAAUGAUCGCUAAACAUAAUGAUUCUUCGGCCACAUGUAUGCUUAACAAACACACGAAAAGCCUUGCCCCCAUUUUGGCAGCCCCAGCUUACAAAUAUUGUCCUAUUCCCCAACAACUGCUCCAACGAGCGCGAGAGGUGAUGCUCGUUUGACUGAGUGCAUAAAGCUUUCAGAAGAUCCCUACGAACAUACGUUAACACAUGUUCUACCUGCAAAAAUCUUCUUUCUGUAGAAGUUAACAUUCCAGUGAUCAUAGAAACUACACUGGGGCUCUGUGCUGGCAGCCUCUGGCUGAAGGCAGAAAAAAAAAAAGGGGAACGAGGC